CUGGGUGCAUACCUCUGUGUCAAACACUACGGACACAGUCUCUGUGGUUUGUGACCGCGGACAGACCUCGGAAUCAAAAGCGAAGUUUACACUAGGCACACUUGUGGACCUGCAGUUAAGAGUCGGCAAUGGCGGUCGAACAAAUGAACAUCGCGGACGAGAUGGACACUGUGUCGGACAAUGGAAUGGUGGACCUGAUCAACGGCAGACGCAGGCUAAUUAGAUGUCCUGCUAUAUUUAAGAACAAAACGUUUUACAUAGUUACAGGAGUCAUUGUCAUAGCUACAGCCAUUAUUGUUCCAUUAGCAGUGAAGCUCUCCUUGGCGGAGGAUUGCAGCCAAUACAAGCAAGAGUCGGAUAGUUAUCUUUGCCUGAGUCGAGAUUGUAUAAUAGCCGCGGCCUACAUGGUUCGAAAACUGAACGUUGAGGUGGAUCCCUGUGAAGACAUGUACAACUUCUCCUGUGGCAACCUGCUGGCCAAAGCCAAAAUUCCCGCUGGAGAAUUCAUCUGGGAUAUGGACAACGAAGUGGCAGAUAAAAUAGAGACAGACCUAUACAAGUUACUUCAAAAAGACACAAACGAAAUGAUGGGUAAAAGUUCCAAGGCAUUUUCCAAAGCCCAACAUUACUAUCAAACUUGUCUAAAUCAAGGAAACAUCUCGACUCAUGGCAUUCAAAACAUCCAACUGAUGAUUAGCCAGUUUGGCUCGUGGACACUUACUAGUGCAAACAUUGACGAGUGGAAAAGUAAGAACUGGAACUUGCAGUGGUCCGUGGAGAAGAUGCACAUGCUUGGAAUAUACAGUCUAUUUAGAACAAUUAUUGACUGGGACAAAGACGUGUCACAGUAUGUCAUUAAGUUUGAUGGUGGCUUGGCUCUACCCUCCACAUUUCUCCAAACAUCAGACAAGUUCGUUACCAUGGUGACUGAAAUCGCCAAACUUUUGGGCGGAGAUCCGGAAACAGUUUCAAGCAAAGUGCAGGACAUUUACAACUUUGAGAAAAAAAUGGCAGAGAUUUUCGAAGGAAAGGAUGAGCCAUUCCCGCCCCAUGAAACUACUUACUUCGACUUAGGAGAAUUAAAAUCUCAUUUCAAAUCAUGGAUUAACAUUGAAGAUUAUCUGAAGAAAACACUCAGCGGGAGAUAUCGGAAUCACACCAGAUUUUCAAUAAUCUCAUCUCAUUAUUUCAGCAAUCUCAACGAGUUAAUCCAUUCUACGAGCCACGAAACUCAAGCCAACUACAUGAUAUGGGCAAUGAUCAACGUGCUCACGGACUACAUGCCUAUUGAGUUUAACAAGAUCAAGCAAGAUGUCCAGUUCUUGAAUGCCACCAACAGAACAGAGCUGUGCCUGGGGAAGACUUUUGACAACUUUGGCUUCGCUCUUAGUGCUGCCUAUAUAAAUGAAGACUUGAAGACUCACAAGAAUAGAAGGGAAAUAGCCAGCUUUACUGCCGAGAAAGUUCGAGAGGAAUUCAUUGCCAACUUAGAGACCAUUCAUUGGCUGGAUGACAAGUCUAGGGAGACCCUGGUGGAAGAAGCGAAGUCUAUUGAAUUUCGGAUAGGCUACCCAGACUGGAUCUUGAAUGUGACCAAGCUCGAUUUGUAUUACGAAGGACUUCAAAUUACAAGCGAUAAUGAUUUUCUAAAGUGUUAUGAAUAUGUGACCGCUUUUACUGCAAGUAAAGACAUAGUGAAAUACUACAACAAUAGUUACGACAAUGACGAGUGGUUGGUAGUUCCAAUCGAAACAAUCCCAACGUAUCUUGACAACGCUGUUUACAUUACUUCAGCCUAUCUCCAGUUUCCGUUCUUUGAAGAGUCCUUCCCCCCUUCGGUAUACUAUCCCAACAUUGCCUUUACGAUUGGUCACGAGAUGCUGCAUGCCUAUGACAAGGACACCCUGUCUGAGGUUACUGGCGAGAUCUUUGCUACUUCAACAGCACGAGAAGGUUUUCACAAUCAACUCCAAUGUCUAGUUGAUCAGUACAGUCAGUACUCAGUGCAAGAACAGUAUUCAGAUGCUAAUGGUUCACUUAAUGAUAAUAUGUGUGACAAUGGCGGCUUUAGGUUGGCCUAUCAAGUGUACAAGAAGUAUGGAGAAUCAUCCGAUUAUCUGAUUCCGUUCUUUAACUUUACUAAGGAGCAAAUGUUUUUCACUGCUUACUCACAGGUCUGGUGCACUGUGCAAAUUAAGUCUCCAUCCGGACUUCACAAUGACGAACACACGGAACCAAAGUUCAGAGUCAACGGUGUUCUGUCCAACAGCAUUGAGUUUUCCAAGGCCUUUAAUUGCAAAAAAGGUUCGAAAAUGAACCCGGAAAAGAAAUGUGAAGUUUGGCGAUAGUAUGCAGAUGAAAUUCUAUUUUCAGUAUUUUUUUUUGUUGUAACCUUUUUAUUUACUUUUAGCUUUAAGAUUUGAAAUGUUUUGAUGAAACGUCCCCCAUUGAUGAAACGUCCCCCAUUGAUGAAACGUCCCCCAUUGAUGAAAGAUUAGAAAGCAAUAGUUGAUGUCAUUUACAUGUUGUAGCGUCUUUGAAAAUUUGAAAUAAACUGAAAUGAAAUUGUUU